UUGAAGUUCCACUUCCAAGUGUUUUCCGUGUUUUGUAUUUUGAAUUUUGGGUAAAAGGCAAGUGAAAUUUGAAAUUUUUCUCUUCAACAUGGAUUCAAGUUCAUCAGACACUCUAGAUGAGGAAGAAGACCUUCAAUCCCUGCAGAAACAACUCAAACAAAGAAAAAACGAAAGACGACAAAAAAUUCUACGCAAGAAAUCAACAGUCAAACUGCAACCUCAAGAAAAACGUCUAAAUUUUAACUUCCAGAUUUCCUCUACUACACCAGAUGACCAAAAAAAUACUGGUAAUAAAGCCCAAUUAAACCUUGCUGGAAAUACACUCCUGCAAACCGACCCAUUUCCCACAUACAAAAAACUCCCUGGAGCCAUAGACCAUGGAAAAGAAUACGAACAGAUGAUGUGCGCAUUCUACGCUUUAAAAUUAAUCCGAAGCGACGAAAUCGUCAACUUCAAAAUGACCACAAACAGCAAAAAUUGUGGAGUUUUCGACGACGUUGAACUCCAAGUGACUUUCAGAAACACCAAAUCAGUCAAAUUUCUCAUCCAACUCAAGCACAAAGAAGCGGCAAAACCCAUCAGCACGCACCAUCUAUACACCGGAAAACAGAAAGGCGAUUUCGACGUCGAAAAAUAUUUCAACUCUAUGUCGUCAGAAAUCGACGCUACAGAAGACGUUGUUUGCAUUCUAUACACGAAUUCCCCUACAUACAUAGAAGAGAGGGCCCAACUAUCAGCGACCACCAAUAUUACGAAGUGUGCUUUCCUAGAGUGUGAGGAGUUGUUGCUAAAUUCGAAACACAUUGAUCGACGAUGCAUUUUUGAAGUCGAGUCAACCGAGUUAAAUAAAAAAUUUUACUUCUUCACUGAACAGAACAAUAUAUUUGAUACUAAAAUACAAGUGGAGGAAAUGCUACGAGAUCUUGUCGAGUGCAACAUCUAUGGGUCUUUUAUUCACUUCAUGAGCGAGUGGUGGUCUUUAAAUUUUGUCUUAAGUAGAGACGACGUCAUUGGGAAGUUGGUUGAAUUGACUCUUUCACCUUACUUGAAAGAUCUAAGUGACACGAAACGAAAUGCCAAAAGUGAGGAUCUUGAACAGGCAAUUAUGAGGUUUCAGGUGACGAUUGUCACCACGGACGAAGACAUCGUCAACAACAUUUGGACGACUGUAGAAACUAAAGAUAAAGACUAUGACAAGGCUAGACGAAAGUUUGGGUUAAAGACAACCGAACAAGGUAAAAUUCUAUGGUAUCUCAAUAAAGUCCCUCUUGUUACUAAAGUAGACGCUUCGAACAAACCCAUCGUCUUGAAUAUUGUCAAUCUGAUGAACCAAGCCACCGAUACUAAGAAAGUAGUUCUAGUGGGUGACGUCGCACUAGACGAUUUCCCAGAAAUCAACAUUUUUGCAAGUCUCUUUGACGUUAUCAAAAAUUUUGCCGACGAACCCUUCUGUGAGGAUAUUUUGGACACUUUUGAGGUUUCGUUACAAGGAAGAGACCCCAUUUGCUUGACCCAGCUUGUCGAAAUUGACCCCAAAAUCGCCAAGCACUUUCGAGUGGACAAACUAUUGACGAUGUCUCAGUCAAAAUUAGAAAUCGGUGGCAGAAAGGAAGAAACCCCGCAUUUACAUAUACCAAGAAGCGUGUCUAGCGUUUUUGUCAAACUAGAAGAAAUCUUGACUUUCUACGAUUCACGAAGAAGUCAAACCAUGGUCAUUAUUAACUGUGACGAAAAAUUUAAAGACAGAUUACCACAGAGGAACGAUGUUACCGAAAUUUCAGACUACUUAACUGGAAAAUAUACCGGAAGUGAAAACGUGGUUUUAUUGUCACGAAGAAAAAAGUGUACGCAUUCUCAAUUCACCAAAGUUUGUGAAGCGUCUGGUAAAUCGAACGUGUAUCUUUUCCAAGUGUUUGACGACGACGAUUGUGUUUUGCUUCUGAAAAAGGGGUCUGAAUUUUACUCGGAAGAUACAGAUAUGUCGAAACUAGUAGCAGAAAUGGACAUUCUGAACCGGUUUGAUAAUCCACUCAAUGUACUGUGUGCCCCUCCUGGAAUGGGCAAGUCGACUUUAAUGAAAAUUCUAUACCAGAACUGUCCGCGUGAUUCUUGGGCAAUUUACACCGACUUGAUAAACUGGAACUCGUUUUUGCUACCGGAACCCGACUUCGAACUAAUCAGAGAGUACUUACUACACGACGACGACAAAGAUUUCAAAACCAUUCUAUGGAAAAAUAAAAAAAUGUAUCUGUUUCUCGACGGACUAGACGAAGUUGACAAUAGUUACCUAAACCACGUGUUAAACUUCGUCACGAAAGCAUCAAGUCGCAUCAACGUGUGGAUUUCGUCAAGAGAGAACCUGCGUGGUACUAUAUCUCAAACCCUCAACGUAGUACCAAUAGAAAUUCAAGAACUAAACCACCACCAACAACGACAAUACAUCCACGAGAAACUCCAAAACAAGUACCAAAUCGACGAAAUCGAGACCAUCGUCACCUCGAUUUUUGCUAGUACCGACCUCAACAACAGUCAACAACUGCUAGGAAUUCCGCUACAGCUCCACAUAAUCACCGAAAUGUUCCUCACUAGUGACCAAGCCUACAACAACAUCAGACAGAGGAACAUCUUCGUGUUGACACAAAUGUAUCAACUCUUUUUUGAAGGCAAGCUGGAAUCGACCAUCUGUAAGGUCGUCUCUGGCAACCAGAAGCACCAACUUGGUAUGGUCAAAAUUUUUCUCAAGCAGUACGAAGUCCCAGCUUUGAAAGCUUGUUUGGAUGCCGUAGAUUUUGACGAACUUGGUGUAUCGUCAGACGAAACAGAAGACUUUCUAGACGAAAUCAAACACAAUGGGGAUAAAUACGGGAUUAUCAAGCAAAUCGGUGAAAGCGGAGAGGCGGUUUUUGACCACCAGACGUACGCGGAAUAUUUUGCAUGUGUUUGGUUUAGACGCAACAAGAGUAAAAUUGGUUGGUUUGGAAGGAGGAUGUUUUCUCCAAGGUAUGACAACUUGAGGGUCAUGUUAGACGUGAUGUUGGCAGCAAACAACCCGUUACAUUUAUCUAUCAUUUACAAGAACGAAGAUCAAUUUAUGGAGUAUUUGGACGAAAUAGAUGACGAAGACGAAGGUGGUAGAAGGGCGUUGCAUCUGGUGUGUACCUAUGGAACGAAAUAUUCCUCCCAAAGUACUUUUUCUGUUGUACCGAGACUUCAUCAGGAGCCUAGUUGGUACGUGACAAUGGUAGGAGCGCUCAUCCGAGACAACACCAACGUCAAUGACAAAGACAAUCUAUUUGGUUUUGACUGUGUCAAUUAUUGUCUAGAAGCGACAAAUUUGUAUCCCAUUGAAAUUAUUUUACGAAACAAACUUCUAACUUUUCAAGACUUAGAAGAAAGAGUGUUUGAAGUUUAUAGCCGCCACGUAGUGUCUCAUUACGCUGCACAAAUGGGUUUUCGUCAUCUAUUUUCUGAACUUAUUGACAACACACCACUACUACGUGAAGAAACAACUCUAAAUCAGUUGUUAGAAGCAGCGGUUAAAGGAACACGAGAUGUAACCCUAGCACCAAGAGAGGACAAUAUUGCAAUUGUCAAGACAUUGUUGUCAAACGGAUUGGCAAUAAAUGACGAUGAAUCCGUCGAUGAUUCUGACAAUAUUUUGUACAUAGCUUGCACAGAAGGCAAAUAUGACAUGUUGGAUGUGUUGGUGGAAAAUGGUGCCAGAUUGGGUGGAGGUGAUACUGUAUGGCAUCUAUUGUCAAAAUUAGAUAUCAAAGACGAUCCUAGAAUCUUGAAUUUACUAAGAAGUGUUAGAACAGUAGAUCUCAAUUUAAAGAACGACGAAAGCUUGACUGCUUUACAUGUUUCUUGCAUGCAUAGAUCAUUUGAAAUGACGAAGAUACUUUUGGAAAAAAAUGCCGACGUUAACAGUGUUGACGAUAAUAACAACAAUGCGUUGUAUUAUGUACUGAGGGACUAUAGAGGCGAGCGCCCCAAAAACACGAAAUCUGAGUUUAAAGACUUCUUUCCACAGACGAAUGUUGUAGACAAUAAUGCCACUGAAACGACGAAAGUGGAUAAAGAUAUAAUAAAAUUAUUGAUUGACAAUGGAAUCUAUGUCAAUGUUCGAAAUACGUAUGGAAGAACACCCUUGCAACUUUGUUGUGAGAAUGGCGAUUUUAAAACCACAGAAGUGCUAUUAGAACAUAGAGCUUUGGUCAACACUUUGGACAAAGACGAUAACAAUGCCUUACAUUAUGCAUCAACAUCGUCGACGAAGAAUAUAAAAGUCCUGAAAUUGUUGCUUGAUAAAGGUUUCAAUGUCAACACACCAAAUUCAACUGGACUGACCCCACUUCACUAUGCUUGCUUAGGAGGCAACGUUGACAAUGUGAAACUCCUGUUGGAGAACAACGCUUUGAUCAAUUUUGUCGACGAAGGCCAAAACAACCCACUCCAUGUAGCCCUAUUCUGGAACAACAGAAAUGUAGCAAAAUUUUUGAUUGACAAUGGUAUUGACAUCAACGCUCGAAACGGAAAUCUAAAGACAGCACUCCACUUUGCUUGCGAAAAUGGUGACUACGAAGUUACCGAAAAGCUGUUGGAAAAUAAUGCUUCUAUCAAUGUUUUGGACAAGAAUGACAAGAAUGGACUGCUUUAUGCAUCUGAAUCGUGGGAAAGCAAUCGAGAUCUGAUAAAACUAUUACUCAGAAAAGGGAUAGAUAUAGAUGUUCCUAACAAAAAUGGAGCUCCGGCUCUUCAUCUAGCUUGUGAAAAUGGUGAUUUAGAAGUUGCAGAAAUUCUGUUGGAGAGGUCUGCUUCAGUGAAUGUUUUGGACAAUGACAAGAAUACGCUUCUGCAUUAUGCGUCAGCGGCGGAAGGUGAUAAUGAAGAAUUGGCAAGUUUGUUGGUUAAGGAAGGUGUUGAUGUGAAUGCUGGGAAUAAAAAUGGGUCAACGGCGUUGCAUUUUGCUUGCAGGAAUGGCAAUUUUAAGGUUGCGAAAAUGUUGAUAGGGAACAAAGGUUUGGUGAAUGUUUUGGAUGAGGAAGACAGUAACGCUUUGUUUUAUGCGUCUGAAUCAUGGAGAUCUAAUCGAGAUAUCAUAAAAUUGUUGAUAAGUGAAGGAAUUGAUGUGGAUGUUCGGAAUAAAGUGGGGGUGACAAUAAGUGAAUUGGCUAGGAUCAAUGAUGACGUUGGGAUUAUGGGAAUGUUGAAAAGAUAAGACGAAUCCACUGACUAUAUUACUUAUUUACUUACAACUGAUGAUUUCACCAAUUCUCAGCUUUGGGUUCUUGUGAAAGAUAUUCUGUUUCAAAUGAUGAGGUGUUUUUGUAGCUGGGGAAAUAAAUGUUGAAGAGUUAUUUUUUUGGGGUAUUUUCAUUUUCCAGUACUAUAAAAAUUUUGAAAAUUGCUGUAUUGUAAUGAAAUGUGUAGAAAAAGAAAUAUGAAUAAAGCAAACUCGAAAGUGUUUAGGAA